AUGCUCUGGACUGUCACAUACAAGCCAAAGACGAAGACACAUAAAGAGAUUGGUUCGAACAUGAGUCAGGAUAGUGGGUGUACUUCUCUUUACUUGGGGAGUAAAAAUGAGACUUCGAUUCAUGAUCUCUCUUCCUCUGUCGAUGAUCCUGUUCCGCCGCCGCUACUCUGGUCCCGGCUGAGAGCAUACGGCCGAGAUGCAUUCUCCGAAUUCUUCGGAACGAUGAUCUUAAUCCUUUUCGGUGACGGGGUGGUGGCUCAGGUUCUUCUCAGCCACGGUCAGAAGGGAAACUACCAGUCCAUCUCCUGGGGGUGGGGAUUAGGCGUCAUGCUCGGAGUAUACGCCAGCGGCGCCUCAGGAGCCCAUAUCAAUCCAGCCGUAACCUUCGCGAACUGCGUCUUCCGCGGAUUUCCCUGGCGGAAAUUCCCAAUUUACGCACUAUCCCAACUCCUUGGCGCCAUGUGCGGCGCAGCAAUUGUCUAUGGCAACUACAAAACUGCCAUCGACGUCUUUGAGGAGGAGCCCACAUCCGCACUGUGCCAGACAGGACAAUUCUUCUCUGAAUUUCUGGCCAGUGCAAUCUUGAUGUUCAUGAUCUUCGCCCUGAAAGAUGAUGGCAAUCUAGGCGCCGGCCCUCUCACGCCUCUGGCGUUAUUCUUCGUCAUCUUCGGAAUCGGUGCUUGCUUCGGCUGGGAGACUGGGUACGCUAUCAAUCUGGCCCGAGACUUCGGUCCAAGGCUUGUAUCCUACAUGCUGGGCUACGGACAUGAAGUCUGGGCUGCGGGGAAUUACUACUUCUGGGUCCCAAUGGUAGCCCCAUUUCUAGGCUGCACCUCCGGUGGCUGGAUCUACGACCUAUUUCUAUACACAGGUCUCGACAGUCCAAUCAAUACACCCUGGAUGGGAAUCAAGCGUCUCCUUGGACCCUUCCACCGGAAGAAGCUGGCACUACAGAAUCCCGUUUGA